AUGGCCGACCCAGGCAUCACCGCCACGUUCUCCGAUCUCCCGACUGAGAUGAAGGCGACUAUCUUUGGCUAUCUCCAACGAAACGAUCACAAAAAGUCGGCUUGCCUUGUGAGUCGCAGUUGGAGAGAUGUAAUGGCGCCAAUCCUCUGGGAACAUCUUACACUGAGAGUCGCAACCACCUUACCAUGGGAACUGGCUUGUCUACUGAACGCAAAUGACGGAGUCCUUGCCCACGUGCGUUCUAUUGACAUCCUUGAAGGACUGGACGGCACGGCAGAGGUUGAGAUGGAUUCCGAAUUUGGGGUUGCUUUUCAAUUCAUCUUUGGUGCCCUUCAAAAGAAUUGCCUUUCGACACUCAGAUUCUAUAUUCACAUCAGCAUGACUACACUGCUCAGAGUCCUUCAACCUCAGCAAGCGCUCAAAACACUUCGGCUUCGAAGCUUACCUCCUGAUGCAAGCCCAUCUAGCGACUUGUGUCUCGCAUCGCAUAGUUCAUGGGUCACACCUACGUUGCGCAACAUCAAGAACCUUUUCAUUCCCAUUGGGGAUGGGGAGCAAAACGCGUACGAGAACAGCGCCUAUCUUCUCAAGAGUACACCAAAUCUCAAGAAACUGACCCUAUGGGGCCUCUCUAAUAGCUGGUCUUUACAUGACUUGCAUGGAAAGGAUGUCUUUGGAGGGCCAGGACCAGGUCUCCAGACUCUACAGCUGGACCGCCUUCAUCUUCAUUGUCUGAUUCUCAAGACGUACCCUGCUUCGUUGUUCGCAGUCAUUGAUUUCUCCGUUCUUCGCGAGCUCUCUGUCAUGCGAUGCUGCCAAGUCGGAGCCUUUAUCACUGCUCUCGUUCCAGGGGUAUCCAAAGUACCGUCUUUGAGAAGGCUAGAGAUAACGGUAGCUUCUACUUCAAUUCUCUCAGAAGAUUCUCUGGAAGCGAUCGAGGCUCUGGUGACAUCCACUUCUUCCCUACGGGAGCUUUGGUUGGAUGUUGGUAAAGGGCGUUUGAUCUAUGUAGCAUGCCUGGCUGGACAUGGAAAUACGUUGAAGAGUCUUGGUCUAGCAGCUUUAUCGAGAACGCAGGAUCCAUACUACUACGCCCUUGAACUUGAUAAUCUACUGGUACAGGCGCCAAAGCUUGUAGACUUAGCAAUCGGUCUUUGCCCGAUCAACCUUGGUCACGUUGGCCAUCUUGGUGCUAAGUUCAAGCUGUUCGAGCAAACCGGUAACGAAUACGUUCUCAGUGAAAUAGAAUUCCUCCUAAUUCGUAUUGCGAAACAUCAAAACCUCCAGUCACUGCGGAUUCUCACACUACCCAGCAUCGAUUAUGGGAUUAUGCCAAACCCGAAUAUCGUGGAGGGGAUUGGCCUUCCAGAGGAGCACAUCUAUACCUCGCAAGCAAUGAUGCAGGCAUUUGCUACAGAAGUCUUUCGUCUGCUCGUUAGGAAUGGAUCCAACAUUAGAGCUCUAGCUAUGUCGCCGGAAGAUAUGAAUUCUGCUAAACGACCUGUCCUCGAUGACAACGGCCACCGUUGGCCCCGCUACUAUUACAGAUACGACGUAACUGGUGCCAUGAGCGGUCAAGAGCACGUUAUUGCUGUCCCGACACCUCCGGCUGAGUUUCCAAUCCCCGUCCCGACUUGA